AUGGAACACGAAACAUGGACGGAUGAAUUUGUUAAAGUUAAAGGAUCUUUCACCGAAAUCGAAUCCAUUUGUAAUUUACUAAAACAACAUACAACACAAUUUGAUCGUGCUUUAUCACCGAUGAGUAUUCUUUCUCCAAUUGAUUAUCCGAUGAAUAAUUUAAAUGCAAUUGAACCAUCAUUCAUGUAUUCACAAUUGCUCAAAGAAAUUCUUCUUGAUGCUGAAUAUGAAGAUUAUGCUAGAAAAGCAUUAACACAACUAUGGCGUGAUGGUUAUCAGAACAAUCGAUUUCAAUUGAAAAUUAUUGAUGAAUUUGAACGAGAUUAUAAUCCUGAUUUGGCCAUCUGGUGGUACACUCGAGAAUCUUUUACCUAUUCAAUGCUCAAUCGAGCACUGCGAACUAUAGAUAUCGAUCAUAUGAUCAAGAUGGGCUUUUUCUUAUGUGAUAUUCAUCGACAAAUUCAACGAAUACAUGCUGAAACAUCAAAAAUUGAAGAUUUACGGACUGUCUACCGGGGCCAAGGCAUGUACAAUACUGAAUUCGAAAAAUUGCAAAAGAGAAUCGGUGGAAUCUUAUCUUUCAACAAUUUUUUAUCUACCAGUACCGACCGAGAAGUAUCUCUUGUCUAUGCUCAAAGCUCAAGUGAAAAUUCGUCAAUGAUCGGUAUUCUUUUUGAAAUAGAUAUUGAUGUUGCAAAUCCAUCGACUCCGUUUGCUUCAUUGAACAAUAUAAGUUACUUUUCGUCGGAAAAGGAAAUUCUUUUUUCGAUGCAUAGUACAUUUCGAAUUGGUGAAAUGCGAAAAAUUGAUGAAAAAGUCUGGCAAGUACAACUUACAUCAACAAAUAAUAAUGAUGAACAACUUCAAACUCUAACAGAACUCAUGCGAAAAGAAAUAUCGGGAAAUACAGAAUAUGAUCGAUUAGGUCAAUUGAUGAUUCGAAUGGGAGAAUUUGAUAUAGCAGAAGAAAUCUAUCAGAUAUUACUUGAUGAGCCGACCGGAAGGGAUGACGCAGAACUUGCUCAUAUUUAUCAACAGAUUGGAAAAAUUCAAAAUGAAAAAGGAGAAUAUGAUCAAGCUCUCACAUUCUAUCAAAAAGUACUUGAUAUCAAACAAAAUGAUCCAUCUUCGAAUCCUCAUGAUCUUCCCACUGUCUACACAAACAUUGGUAUUGUGUACAAAAAUAUGGGUGAUUAUCCGAAUGCUCUAUCAUUUUAUCAAAAAAGUCUUGAAAUUGAUCAAAAAUCUGUUCCUAUUAAUCAAGGUGAUUUAGCUACUACUUACAGUAACAUUGGUGCAGUGCAUUUUAAUAUGGGAGAUUAUUCAAGUGCACUUUCAUUCUAUGAACGAACGCUUGAAAUCGAACAGCAACUUCUUCCUAACAAUCAUCCAUCGUUAGCCACUACAUUCAACAAUAUGGGACUUGUAUAUGGUCAGAUGGGAGACGACUCGAAUGCACUAUCAUUUUAUCAGAAAUCACUGGAAAUCCAACAGAGAACUCUGCUUCCAAAUCAUCCAUUAUUAGCGUCGACGUAUAUUAAUAUCGGUGGAUUACAUUAUAAUAUGGGUGACUAUUCGAAUGCACUCUUAUCUUUCGAAAAAGCACUUGAAAUUCGAGAAAAAUCUCUUCCAGCUAAUCAUCCAUCACUCGCUACUAUCUACAAUAAUAUCGGCAUUAUAUGCCACAGUGAUAAUGAUGAUUCAACGGCACUUUUAUUCUUUCAAAAAGCACUUGAAAUACAAGAAGAAUCUCUCUCUAUACACCAUCCAUCGUUAGCUACUACCUACAACAACAUCGGUGGAUCACAUAAAAAUCUCGGAGACUAUACGAGUGCAAUUUCGUUCUAUCAAAAAGCAAUUGAAGUUCAUCAAAAAAAUUUCUCUUCGAAUCAUCCUGAUCUAGCUACGUGUUACAGUAACAUUGGCGUCGUAUACAAUAAAAUGGGAAAUUAUUCGAAUGCUCUUUCAUUCUAUCAGAAAGCACUUGAAAUUCGACAGAUAUCUCUUCCUUCUAAUCAUCGUGAUCUUGCUAUUAAUUAUAAAAACAUUGGUGACACAUAUGAAAACAUGGAAGAUUAUUCAAGUGCAUUGUCGUUCUUUGAACACGCUCUGAAAAUCGGACAAUAUUCAUUUUCAGAAAAUCGUCUACAGUUGAAGACUUUUCGACAAUGUAUUUCCAAAAUGCAAGAGAAAUUACAGAUGUGUGACAACGAAUAG